AAACAGUAACUAUAUGUAUCUAUGUUUGACCCAUAGGGAGGCCCGGACCCCUUGGUUGGACAGUCAGUGUGACGGGGUGCAGGCCGGACCCUCCGUAGACAGGGACCUCGUCCGGGGGCCGUUAUCCCAGUCUGGGGGCCUCCUCACCAGGCAGACCGCCACCCCUCGCCUCAUAGAGCAGCAGCUGGGCUUCCUGGGGCUCCCCAACCUGGCACAGAGCUGCUAUUUAAACUCCACCCUGCAGAGUCUCCUGACCCUGAGGGUCUUCAGUCAGGAGAUGGAGCAGACGCAGUGGGCUUGGAGCUUAGCCCCCUCUGCACAGCUGCUCAGGGAGUUUGUGGCCAUCGGGACAUCACGUUGCUCCGACAACAACGGCCACAAGGUGACAGUGCUGAGUUCGUUUAAGAAGAGGGUUUCGCUGCAGGCCCCAGAGUUCAAGGACGAUGGACAAAAAGUCAGUCGUCGACGCCCAUGA